CAGCCUCUCUGUGAAGCGCAUUUCAAUAUUUAGAUCAAACAGCGAUUGGAAUACAUUAAUGCCCAGCGGGUAAACGUGUCAUUUGAAAGCAGCUGCUGAGCCUUCUCUCUGCUGCUCCAAUUAACACGUACAGCACACUUUUGUCAGCAAGAGGCAGUACAUAUGGAUGAAACCACUUUGCUGCUCAUGAAUAUGAUAUGCAAGCGCGCACAAAGGGUUAAUCCGUCUGCCCGUUGCAAAACAAUAGCUUUCCAAGAAGUUUCCCAAGCACGUGCUUUGCGAUCGGGGCGCUAGGAUUAGGGGGUGGGAUUAGCGGGUAAGAAAGAGUCGGUGCAGUCUCUAGCUUUGGUUCAGUCCAUUGACUAACAAGUUUCCCCGCCCCUCUCUUCUCCUCCACCCCCGCCCCGAUGAUGGAGACGCUGGAGAGGGCAUUUCUAGCGCGGGCACCCCUCUCGCCUCAGCUGAAUCUCCUGUUGAACUUUGUUCUGUUUUGUGUUGAAGUCCAAAGCUUUGCUGCUUGUUUUUUCUCGUAGUCUUUCAUUAUCAUUUCACUUUCUCUCUCUUUUCCUUUUUUUUUUUUUCUAAGUUGCACAUUUGACAGUUUAUUGAGCAAAGUAAGAAAUCUUGUCAACCCCAUAUCGCUGUGAUGUCCCCCCUCCCAUGGCUCGAUUCUCUGCGUUGAUGGUGGCACAGAGGCAGAUGGAAGGGUAGCGCGUCCGGCGCGGGUUGGUGCUGGGCGUUCAUGCUCCCCCAGCUCCCGGAGCAGCUGGGCUGUGCUCCGCUCUGGUGCUGGCUGAGCCAGGCUGCAGGGUGAGUGAGAGAUGGACCGCUUCCUGGGUUUUGUCAAGCAGAUAAGAAGAUCUAGGAGAAGAAAGGGAAAAAAGUACCGACCAGAAGAGGAUUACCACGAGGGCUAUGAGGAUGUCUAUUAUUACGCUGCAGAGCAUUUUCGAAAUGAGAGUCCCUACACUAAAUCCGCCAGCCAGACAAAGCCGCCUGAUGGAGCGUUGGCUGUGAGGAGACAGAGCAUCCCAGAGGAGUUCAAGGGCUCCACUGUGGUUGAGCUGAUGAAGAAGGAAGGCACGACCCUCGGGCUGACGGUAUCGGGCGGAGUCGACAAGGAUGGCAAGCCUCGAGUGUCGAAUCUGCGGCAAGGAGGAAUUGCUGCCAGAAGUGAUCAGCUGGAUGUGGGUGACUACAUCAAAGCAGUGAAUGGGAUCAAUCUGGCCAAAUUCCGCCAUGACGAGAUCAUCAGCUUGCUGAAGAAUGUUGGGGAGAGAGUGGUUCUUGAAGUCGAGUAUGAGCUGCCUCCCAUCUCUGUUCAAGGAUCAAGUGUUAUUUUCCGGACGGUGGAGGUCACAUUACAUAAAGAAGGCAAUACCUUUGGUUUUGUGAUACGAGGGGGAGCACACGAUGACAGAAAUAAAUCUCGACCAGUUGUGAUAACAUGUGUUCGUCCGGGAGGGCCUGCUGACAGAGAGGGCACUAUCAAACCUGGCGAUAGGUUGCUCAGUGUGGAUGGAAUUCGGCUUCUUGGAACCACGCAUGCUGAAGCCAUGAGUAUUCUUAAACAGUGUGGCCAGGAAGCAACGCUGCUGAUAGAAUAUGAUGUCUCAGUAAUGGAUUCCGUGACUACAGCGUCUGGGCCACUACUAGUUGAAGUUGCCAAAACUCCUGGUGCCAGCCUUGGCGUUGCCCUCACUACCUCGAUGUGCUGUAACAAACAGGUCAUCGUCAUAGACAAAAUCAAAUCUGCGAGUAUCGCAGACAGGUGCGGGGCCCUGCACGUGGGAGAUCAGAUCCUGUCCAUCGACGGGACCAGCAUGGAGUACUGCACACUAGCAGAAGCAACCCAGUUCCUGGCAAACACCACCGACCAGGUCAAGCUGGAGAUUCUUCCACAUCAUCAGACCCGCCUGGCCCUGAAGGGCCCUGACCACGUGAAAAUUCAGAGGAGCGACAGGCAACUUGCGUGGGAUUCCUGGGCCAGCAAGCACUGCCACCUUCAUGCCCACCAUCACUAUAACACGUGCCACCCCGACCACGGCGGAGUGCCCACCCUGACGCUCCCGAGAACGCCUCCUCCAAGCAGCCCUCCAGCAAUGGUGUCUUCAUCCUUCUCUCCUACCUCCAUGAGUGCGUACAGCCUGAGUUCCCUGAACAUGGGGACUUUACCUCGAAGCCUCUACUCCACUAGCCCACGGGGAACCAUGAUGAGGAGGAGACUGAAAAAGAAAGACUUCAAAAGCUCACUGUCUUUAGCCUCUAGCACGGUGGGCCUGGCUGGGCAGGUUGUUCACACGGAAACCACAGAGGUUGUGCUGACAGCAGAUCCCGUCACAGGAUUUGGAAUCCAACUGCAGGGCAGUGUGUUUGCCACAGAGACUCUCUCUUCCCCACCUCUGAUUUCCUAUAUCGAAGCCGACAGCCCGGCAGAGAGAUGUGGAGUGCUACAGAUUGGAGACAGAGUGAUGGCCAUUAAUGGAAUUCCUACCGAAGACAGCACCUUCGAGGAAGCCAAUCAGCUCCUCCGAGACUCUUCCAUCACGAGCAAGGUCACUCUGGAAAUCGAGUUUGAUGUUGCAGAGUCUGUCAUCCCCAGUAGUGGAACAUUUCACGUAAAACUCCCCAAGAAGCACAAUGUGGAACUUGGAAUAACCAUAAGUUCACCAUCCAGUAGAAAACCAGGAGACCCCCUUGUCAUAUCAGAUAUCAAAAAAGGCAGUGUGGCACACAGAACUGGAACCCUGGAACUUGGGGACAAGUUACUUGCAAUAGACAACAUCCGGCUGGACAACUGUUCCAUGGAAGACGCGGUUCAGAUCCUCCAGCAGUGCGAAGACCUGGUGAAGCUCAAAAUCCGCAAAGAUGAGGAUAAUUCAGAUGAGCAAGAAAGUUCCGGAGCAAUUAUUUACACCGUGGAGCUUAAGCGCUAUGGGGGGCCCCUUGGCAUCACAAUUUCAGGAACUGAAGAGCCGUUUGAUCCUAUAAUCAUUUCCAGCCUCACGAAAGGGGGAUUAGCUGAAAGAACUGGCGCGAUCCACAUAGGAGACCGAAUCCUAGCCAUCAACAGCAGCAGCUUGAAAGGGAAGCCUCUGAGUGAAGCCAUCCAUUUGUUACAGAUGGCAGGAGAGACUGUCACCUUGAAAAUUAAGAAACAGACAGAUGCUCAGUCAGCAUCAAGUCCCAAGAAAUUCCCCAUUCCCAGCCACCUGAGUGACCUGGGAGAUGUGGAAGAGGACCCCUCCCCAGCACAGAAGCCAGGCACGCUCAGCGAUGUGUACUCCUCCGCUGUGCCCAGUGUGGACAGUGCUGUGGACUCAUGGGAUGGCUCUGGAAUCGAUGCCAGCUAUGGGAAUCAAGGCACUGGCUUCCAGGCCUCAGGUUACAACUUCAACACCUACGACUGGAGGAGUUCCAAGCAGAGAGGCAGCUUGUCCCCGGUCGCGAAGCCGCGGAGCCAGACUUACCCAGAUGUGGGGCUGAGCAGCGAAGACUGGGACCCGUCCACGGUCAGCGGUUUCACAGGGGCUCCGGACAGCACCGAGGCCGAGCAAGAGGAGAACUUCUGGUCGCAAGCUCUGGAGGACUUAGAGACCUGUGGGCAGUCAGGAAUUCUGAGAGAACUCGAGGCAACAAUCAUGUCGGGGAGCACGGUGAGUUUGAAUCAUGAGGCCCCGACACCCCGCAGUCAGCUGGGGCGACAGGCCAGCUUCCAGGAACGGAGCACCUCGCGGCCACACUAUAGCCAGACAACUCGGAGCAACACCCUGCCCUCAGAUGUGGGCAGGAAGUCGGUGCCCCUGAGAAAAAUGAAGCAAGACAUAAAGGAGGUCAUGUCCCCGACUCCUGUGGAGCUGCACAAGGUGACCUUGUACAAGGGCUCUGACAUGGAAGACUUUGGGUUCAGUGUAGCCGAUGGCUUGCUGGAGAAAGGAGUAUAUGUCAAAAAUAUUCGCCCAGCUGGGCCAGGAGAUCUUGGUGGUUUAAAGCCCUAUGACAGGCUCCUACAGGUGAAUCACGUCCGAACGAGAGACUUUGACUGCUGCCUUGUGGUGCCCCUCAUCGCAGAAUCUGGUAAUAAGCUGGAUCUGGUCAUCAGCAGAAACCCACUGGCUUCACAGAAAUCUGUAGAACAGACUCUACCGGGAGGAGAACGGAGCGACCAGAACAGUGCUUUUUUCCAGCAGCCGAGCCAUGGCGGUAACUUAGAGAUGCGAGAACCCACUAAUACGUUAUAGCGACGCUUCCUGUAAAGCAGGACGAGAGACGCUAUCUACAUGGUGCUAAAAAUCCCUCUGAUUUCUGUGACGUUUGAAGCACAGAGAAUCACAUGGCAUUAACUGCAAGCACAGGGGUCUUUUAAAUCUCUCAUGGUUCAUGUUCACUUCCCUUUCCAAGUUGAAGAGGUUUCUUUUUUGGUGACCACUAUGGUAUGAGGCAGGCAACUCCCUGCCAGGCCCAAUGGUAGAGAAAACGAAAAAUAGGCAGGCCGCCCCUCCCCACAAUUAACAUCAGAAGAAAUUUUUUACAAGUUCAUCUUCCUAUCACUUUUUAAAAAGAAAAAUGUCUGUCUGAAAAUAAUCUCUAUGCUCAUUUCCGUAAUUCACUUUGCAAUCAGUUUCUUACUAUGAAGUCGUUCAUGUAAGAACUUGACCACAAGGCUUUUCGUACAGCUGGCUCUACUAUGGGAACCGGAGUUUGGUAAGCUGCUGGGGCUGCUGUGGGAGGGGUUCAGGUAUAGAAUUAUGUUACCUUCAGACAUCUCAGCGGUGAUGCACGUAGGGAGACCAUAAUAGGUGGUGGUAAGUGUUUGCCCAAGUAUAGGAAUGAUUUUAACUACGAUGUAUGCUAUUCCCUAUGCAACAAAUAUCAAACAGGAUAUGUCUUGUGACCUGUUUUUUUUUUUUAAAGACACGUUUUUAAUAGUUGAAAAUCUCUAAUAAUGAAUUAGAGUGUUUAGUAACACUGAGAAUUAGUUAUUUUUAAAAUUUAAGACUAAGAAUUUAAGAGAGAAUGAAGAGUCUAUUCAAAUGAGAUUUAUCUUAAUGCUAGGCAAAUCAAACUCGUAUUGCUCGACAUGUUUUGAAAACUGGCUAUAUUGAGGGUGUACAGCACAUGUACUUAAAAAUGACACUGGAGUAUCUUUUGUUCUGAGCCAUGCCACUUACUGAAAUUGUAAAUACAUUCUUCACAAAAUGGAUUGCCAAUUAUUAGUACCUUCCCUCAAAGCAAUAAAUUGUGACAGUUGCUUUUCAAGUUUGUCAGCGACUGUUUCCAUUUGUUCAGAUGUUUUGAAUAGUUACACUAAUAACUGUUAUUUGGUGAAUAUAAAAAACAAAUAGAUCUGUAUAUUGAUUGUAGACUUUCCAUACAGAAAUGAUUAUUUUCCAAACAUUUUCAUUUUGGUCAAUAAUUCAAACAACCGCUUAGGUAAAGCAUUUGAACACUGUGUCCUUUGUUUAAGGAAAAAGUUCACCUUUGUUUUUGUGCAAAGAAAUAUAUUAUUUCAAGCAUAUUUCAAAACCGCCAGGGCAAGAAAGUAUAAAGCAGAAUCAUGUUAAGAAAAAGAAAGAUCAUGAGUCACUUAAAU